UUGCCGCUGCCGCAUCGCAUCGCACCGCACACACCGCAAUCGGUAAUCGAAUCGGGAAUCGCAACGAAUCGGCUCGAAACGGUUUUCGAACAAAAAAAUAUAUAAAAACAUAUCGGUUGAUGUUUUCCAAAAAGAAUAUAUAACCAAAAAAAAAUAAUAUUCAAGCAAACGAAACGGCCAGCAAAGAAGAAGAGAGAAAAAAAUAUCGGUGUUUUGCCGUCGCUAAAACCCCCAUCAAUAUGAACAAGCAGGAAGAAAACGAAGACGUAUUUUAAUAAUACAAUAAAAAAAUAUUUAAAAUAAAAACUAAAAAUAAAAUUUAAUAAAAAAAAAGUAACAACAAACGAAGAGAGAGAUUAUUUCGAGAACAACAAAUAAAUCUCGUGCACACGCACGUGGGCUUGCAUGUGUGUGCGUGUGUACUAGUGUGUGCCUGUGUGUGUGUGUGAGCAACUAAAACAGCAUCUACAACUACAACAAUGCACUAAAGCAACUGCAACAACUGCAGCAACAACAACAACGACAACGCACCGACACCAGCAACAACAACGCACACCAACACAAAAUAUACAGCUCUGCCGUGGAACUAUAUACUCUGCAUAUACCAAGCCAAGACUUAUAAAUAUAUCUAUAAAAAAAAACACUUCAGGAAGUCAGUUCACGGCCUCAGAAAGACCGAAUCUUUUGCACAUCACCUGGAAACCUAAAUGCCGCAUCUAGUCUAAUGUAUCGUCAGAAGUCUACAGAUUAACUGUUGUUCCUAAGCCGCCGCUUGAUGAAUAUUGGCCACGAGAAGCAUCCGCACUUUCAUCCGCAUCCGCAACCGCAACCGCAUCCGCAUCCUCAACUGCAAUCGAGCAGUCGGUCAUCCUCUGAAGUUCACCGUUUGGCCGCCGGUGGUUCGAUUAGUCCAUCGUCUUUAUUGUACCACCUGCCCACCACCGUCGCCGCCUCCUAUCGCCACCCCCUGCAAGGUCAUGAGCGGCAGCAGCACCACCCAACCCACCACCACCACCACCAGCAGCAGCAGCAGCAUCAUCAUCAUCAACUUCAACCUGGGGAACUGCACCUGAACCCCGAGUCCGCUUCGAUGGUGAUGACCCCCAGCCGCCGCAGUUCGCCGCCCCUGCCGCCGCUGCCCCUAACGACACACCAUCCACAUCCGCACGCCCAUCCGCAUCCACAUCCGCACCUGCCGCUGGCGCUACCGCUGCGCCACCCACUCACCCUGAAUGCCAACGCCGGCGGCCAGCAUUCGCCGUCCCGCUCGCAAUCACAAUCGCCGGCACAAUCGAUGAGCGCCCACUUUUCCCAGCUGGCCCAUGCCCAGCUGCAUUUUCAGAAUCAAUUGCAACAGAAGAUAUCGGCGGCGGCGGCAAGUAGGAAUAGUAAUAGCAGUAGUGGAGGAGGAGGUGGUGGAGGCGGAGGUGGAGGUGGUUCCGGAUCUGGAACAAAAACCGAUAAUCCCAUGAAUCCCCUGAGUGAUCUGCAGAAUAUGCAACCCUUUGACUUUCGAAAGAUCAGCUCGGCGGCGGCCCUGGGCGCCUUUGGUGGUCCACUGCCUCUGCCGCCCAGUCCCACGGAAUUCGGCCACCAUCAUCACCACAGUCAGCAGCAGCAGCAGCAGCACCAGCACCACCUGCACCGGAGUAACCAGUUCUUCAAUGCAAUGGCCAUGGCCUAUCACCUGCCGCCGCCACCGCCUCCGCCGCCACCGGAUUCCCGCUCACCGCCGCCGGCUCAACAGUAUCCGCAUCAAGGAGGCUCUAGUUCGGGCUCGGGAUCGGGUUCCGGUUCGGGAUCUGGCUCGGGAUCGGUGGAGGAGUCGGCGGGCAAGCAGCAGAGGGGCAGCGACAAGGGUUCCGCUUCGGGGUCUUGCUCCAAUUCGGGCGUUAGUUCGCAGAGGAUGACCCGGCUGGCCCUGUCCUCCAAUAUGCGGGCCAGCAGGAAGGCCCACUCCCCAGGAGGGGGUGGAGGUGGAGGAGGAGGUGGAUCAUCCGGAGGAGGCUCAUCUGGUGGCAAGCGGCAAUGGGGCUCCAUGCCCGCCAAUCUGGGCACCCAGUUCAUCAAUCCCGUGACGGGCAAGAAGCGGGUGCAGUGCAAUGUCUGCCUGAAGACCUUCUGCGACAAGGGCGCCCUCAAGAUUCACUUUUCGGCGGUGCAUCUGCGAGAGAUGCACAAGUGCACGGUGGAUGGAUGCAGCAUGAUGUUCAGCUCGAGGCGAUCGAGGAAUCGCCAUAGCGCCAAUCCGAAUCCCAAGCUCCAUUCGCCGCACCUGCGACGCAAAAUAUCGCCGCACGAUGGACGCAGUGCGCAACCGCAUCCGCUCCUGCUGCAGGCGCCCAAUGGUCUCAUGGCGGGAUUGGCGCCCUUCGGCAGCUUCCCGCUGCUGACGCCGCCGCCAGAUCUGAGGCACCAUGCGAUGGGUGGCGGAGCGGGUGGGGGCGGGGGAGCGGGAUCGGGAGUCGGAGGAGCCCUGGAGAUGAAGCAUGGCCAGGACUACCUGCAGAGAUCCUACUUGGAUGCCGGACGAUUCGAGGGGCAGCGUCGCAAACUGACGCUGGAGAACGAGCACACGGAGGACGAGGACGACGACGAGAUCCUCGAGGUUGGCAUCCACAUGGCCGGCGACGAUGACGACGACGAGGCUGACGGCGACGAGGACGAGGAUGAGGACGAUCCCGAUGGCAUCGUGGUGGUUGGCGAUGAGCUGGACAGCAUUCCGCUGGACCACGACAACGAUAACGAUCACGAUAACGAGCACGAGCACGAGCACGAUAACGAUAAUGAAAACGACGAGAGCGACGAGCGCUCCACGUCGGCGGUUUCCAGCCUGAGUCAAACCAAAGAGCAAUCCAGUCCGGGCAAGGUCGUCCAGUCCGGCCUUGAGGAGUGCCACACCUAUGCCCACGCCCACUCGCACGCCCACGCCCAUGCGCACGCCCAUGCCCAUGGCCACGCCCAUGCCCACGCCCAUGCCCAUGCCCACGCCCAUGUCCUCGCCCAAAUGGCGGCCAAUAAACGGAAACGCAAGAGCCAAAAUCCAGUGCGAUGUCCGGUGCAAUCGGAUGAGAAUUCCGGUGAGAAUUCGAUCGACUACGAUGUGGCCGCCGAUUUGUCCAUAAAGAAGGUGCGUCUGCCAGCGCAGGCGGCACCCGCAUCCGCCAAAGAAACCGAGGUGGGCGAGUCCACCAAGUCGAUACCAUCACCACCCCUCACGCCCUACGGUGAUCUCAGGCCGGUGGGUCUCUGCAUCAAGACGGAGCAGGAUCAGGAGCAGGAACAGGAGCAGGAUCAGGAGCCGGAAAGGGAAACGGAACUGAAGCGGGAAAGGGGUGAAAGGCCAGCCGGCAGGGAAAAGGAUCCACCGGUGGACACCACACUGGACCUUUCGCGGGCAGCGGCCGCCAUCAAGCUGGAGCCCCUGGAGGAGAUCAACUACGAGGCGGACGAGAAUCGCUAUGUGCGCAUCAAACAGGAGCUGAUGGGUGGCGGCGGCGAUGGCGAUGAUGAGUCCUUGGCGGAGGAGUCCAGCGACAAGACUGCCAAUCACAAUAAUAAUAAUAAUAAAAGUAAUAGGAAUAGUUUGCGGCGCGAGGAGAGCGGCAAUGGCAAUGGCUUGCAACCGGAUGCGGAAACGGAAACCGAACCGGAACCGGAAGUGGAACCAGAACCGGAAGUGGAGCCCGAAACGGAGGUGCCCGAGGUGCCCAUCGACAAGGAGAAUCCUCUCAAGUGCACCGCCUGCGGCGAGAUAUUCCAAAAUCACUUUCAUCUCAAAACGCACCACCAGAGUGUCCACCUCAAGCUGCACCACAAAUGCAACAUCGAUGGCUGCAAUGCGGCCUUUCCCUCGAAAAGGAGUCGCGAUCGUCACAGUUCGAAUCUCAAUUUGCAUCGCAAGUUGCUGUCGACCAGCGACGAUGAUCACGGGCUGCUCCAUGCUCCGGUCGUCAUGCCCACGGAUCCGCUGCUCGAACUGAUGAGUCUCAAUUUGAAUAACAACAAGGGUGGCUUUCCGCACAUCGUUGGCUCAGCCGGUGGCGUGAAUCCCGCGGCGGUGGGCAGCAUCCAGGCGGAGAUCCUGGCACGCCUCUGUGCCGGUGCCCAUGCCCAUGGACUGAAUGUACCGCUCUGUUUCGAGGCACUGCAGCAUCGUUUCGCCUAUCCGCUGGUCAGCGGCGAUGGAUCUGCACCGCAACACCAACCACCGCCACCAGCACCCAAUCCCCGCCUGCUGCUCGGCCAUGGAGGCGGCAUGUUUGCCGGACUGCCAAGGAUGCCGCGAUUCCCCCAGCUGACGCCCCACAUGCUGGCCGCCGCCGCUGGAGCCGGUGGUGCUGGUGGUGGGGGUGGGAAUCCAGCCGUUGGCCUGGGCGGACUAAGUCCCUUCUGCCGACGCACUUCCUCCGACUCAAAUUCACAGCACUCGAUCACGCCGCCGCUGCCGCUGCUGCCCCCAUCGCUGACGAAGAGAUCCCAAUCCCGAUCCCAGUCCAGAUCACCGGAUCACUGCGUACGGGGGGAUGGAGGACAUCCCGGCGAGGUGGCCGGCGCCGAGGAGGCGGGCCAGCGGCAAAGUCCCGAUCGCAUAUCAUGACCAUGUACCUCGUACUAUGCCAAGGCUUUGGCAUUCUAUCACUAAGAGCCGAGGGCCCCCAUGCUCAGAUAUGCCGAGAUACGGAUUGGGAUAUAUAUGUGUAUCUAUAUCUAUAUCGAAAUCUAUCUAAUAUAUCUAUACCAGAUGCAUAUGCAUUGCUCAUGCUCACAUCGAGGAUCGGAGAUCGCGAAGAUCGAGGAUCGUCUGCCGCUCAUAAUACGAAGGAAUACUUUCACUUAGGCUAAUGCUAAAAAUAAAAAAUAUUUAGAUGGAUCAACUAGCAUUUUUUUUUCUAUACAUAAAUAUACACACAAUAUAUAUAUAUACAUAUUUAUUUAUAUAUAUAUAUAUAUAUAUUAAUGAGUCCCUUUUUUUUUAAUUGUACUUAUGGAAAACUGAUGUUUUGUGUACAAGCGUCGUGUUGUAGAGAAUUUAUAAAUGGCAAAGAAAUAACAAGUACUAAAUAAAUAAAUAACGAUACAUAUUGUUAGUGAUACUCGAUUAUGUAAGUUAAAUAAAUAGCCACUAAGCAGCGUGAGUAACGUUUUUUUUUUUUUUAUUGUAACUGAAAUAUUAAGUGUGUUGUAUAUGAUAUGACGAUGGCAAUGGGAAUGCAAUUAGAAUGAGUCAACAACGACGAAACGCUUUAUAUGAGGAAACGAACCAGAUUUGAUUACAGAUUGCCGUUUGCCGAACCUAGGUAGGGUCACUCAUUGAAAGUCCUCAUUAUCCAAAAUCGAUAUAAAAAAAAUACGUUCUGUUGUUUUUUUUUUAUUACAAACAAAUCCUAAAGUAAUUAUGUAGUCGGUUAGUUAGUUCUGAAACAGUAACCAGACAAAUACCUUCAACUCAUAUUUAAGCUAUAUAUGUUUGCAAUAAAAUAUCUGAAAAUUCUUAAA